UUGAAUGAAAUGCGCGAUUCGCCCGCCGCUGUUCAGUGUGUACGUUUAGGUUAGAUUUUCAAAACAGUGAGUGCUAAAGAUUUGAUUGUUUUGAUGUAUCUAAUACAAUACUAUUAUGGAGACUAAGAAGGCUGCUGUUUUCUUAUCGCUGUUCUGUCUUCUUGGGUGUGCAUGUGACGGAGCCAAAAUAAAUACACCGAGGGUGUUGUUACCUUGGUUUGAAGAUUUGUAUGUGAGCUUUACCUUCGAAAUCAUUGAGGGAGGUUGUUACACAUGGAGUUUGUCUCGCGAUGACAUCAUAGAUUUGGAGCCGCUGUACGAUGAUGCCAUAGGGCACUGCUCCCGAGCUGCUCGCGUCUCCGUCUCCAAGUCAUGUGUUCCACCUGGCUCCGUCAUCAUACUCGCCGAAGAGGUCAACUCAGGCGAGAUUCUUCGUGGCGAUGUGGACAUAGACAAGAUCAGGUCUCUCAAAGUGAUGAGUACAACAUGGAACUUGUUCCUGGAAGAAGCUCCUGAGGCCUUUGAAGUUGUAGCCUAUGAUGAUCAAGGAAACACAUUCUCCACCCUUGAAGGAAUAACUUUCACUUGGAGCAUAGAGAAUCUGGGCAGUAAUGUUGGAGAAGAGCCAUUGGUUACGCUAGUGAGAUGGCGUGACACAGACUAUGAAGCUCCUCGCGGAGUCACAGAACUCGAGGCCCGAGGUCUUCGAUCCCACUCUGUCCUGUUAUACGGUCAGGCCAUGGGCGAGUCCCGAGUGACAGUGUGUCUUGAAGAUAUUUGCACAGACUUCGACCUGCAAGUCAUAGCUAGUGUGGUGCUAAUGCCUGCUGUUGCUAGCAUUGUGCCUGGUGAUACGCUGCGGUAUAGGGUUGUACGCGCUCGCGCCGGCCGCCUCACAGUCCAAGACAUAUCCGAAACAAUGUACUUUUUAAAAGUACCAGACGCCAGCAUAGCUUCUCUAGAAGAUUCCAUCAGCCUCGUCAAGGGGACAAACUUAGGCUCUACAAGCGUUUACCUCAUGUCUGGGGCCACCGAAGUAGCUACUGCAACGUUAACCGUAGCAGAACCGCAUAGCAUCAGAGUGACACUACGUCCCUCUAGCUUAUUAAUCCGUGGAGAACCAUUCAUAGUUCACUGUGUAGUACUAGAUAAUAAAGGGCAUCCGUUAACAGCCGGUGAUCAGAUUCUCAUAAGGCUGUCAGUGGAAGGGGAAGCCAAUGUGGACUUGCUCCAGUCGACAGAGAACGGUACCCUGACUGAUGCUGUAGCUCAGAAUGCUGGGCCUUUGACUAUUACUGCAAGACUGUAUUCUGUUGCUGGGAGGAGUGUGUCGAGAAAGGUAGAAGGAGAGGUGUCAGCAAUCGCAGUUGAACCUUUGGAAAUAGUACCUCCACAUCUGUAUGUAGCAUGGACGGACAACAUUCAAGAAAUAAAUCUAAAACAUAUCGGCGGUGGUGACGAGCCGGUGACAUGGUCGGAGAUAGAGAGCGACGCAGUGGCCGGCCCGCUCUCUCUAACAUCUGACGGCGCCGUGACUAUACGAGGGACCGGGGAGAUCGGUGUACGAGUACAGUUGAAGAAAUACCCGCAUGUUAAGGCUAUUGGGAGAGUAUGGUCAGCUCCAUUCGAGAUGCUACAAGUAUCGACGUCAAGUUACGCGCGAGUCGGCAAGCCGCAUCACCUACAUAUCGCGCUCACCGCCACUAAUGCAGAAACUGGAGAAUUAUAUAACUUCCAUACGUGCAACUGUGGUUCGUUUGCUGUGACUCUUCUUGAGGGGCCGGAGCCACAAAACGUCACAGUAGCUAAAUGGGUGAAGCCUGUCGAGGGCGCUUGUUGCGUACUAGAGUGUGCAUGGAACAGUCGCGGCGUGUCAACAGUGCGAGUGUCUCGCGGACGUGUCGGCGACACGACACGAGUGGCAGUGCGAGCCGCCCCUAGCCUGCUGUGGCCGCUUCACGCGGCUGCAUUACCUGGUGCUACACUACCGAUUCUAGCGGAAGGCGAAGCAUUGUCCCCGCAGUCGCUUGACACGAGAAUAGCCGAGAUUUCGCCGCGAGAAGGUCGACGACCUCACCGCUAUCCGGCUGUACAAUUGUUCACACUCAAGUGUCGUAGGAAGGGCGAGUCCCGCAUCGAGUUAACAUCAGAAGUAGGCGAGGAGCGCGAGUCAGUGUCACUUGACGCGCGCUGCGCUCCGCACGUGUCGCGCGUACGACUGGAGCCGCCCGACACGCCUGGCAACUGCUCCACACCGCCCAAAAUUUGGCUCCGUCCGGGUCAAGAGCUGGCUGUCAAAGUGACGCUCCUCGACUCUAUAGGCAGAGAGCUUCUUGACGAGAACGGUCCCAAGAUGUCCUGGGAGGUGGAGCCGCAUCACCCAGGGUUGCAGUAUAAAGCUGAUGAUAGACUGUUUGUGGAAACGCAUCCUGAAUAUGCCCCUGUGCCUGUGCCGUUUAAGUAUUUCCAAGUAGUGGUAGCCGAUGACAAUGCUAUCGGAUGGCAUGGUGCGCUAAAAGCGAGCAUCCCUGAUGCUUCAGCGUCUAUUCAAGCGAGGGUCGUUGCUCCUUUGAAAUGUGAUCCACUUAAGGUGAACAUUGCAUGGGAGAGUGAAACAGUGAGCAACAUAGCUACAAUCACAGGAGGCAGCGGUCGCUACGCGGUGGAAACGCCUAAGGGUGUGUCAGCAGAAGUCGAGGGAGGCUCCCUUUCCGCUACUGUUCCCGGACCGGGGUCUUACGACCUGGUGGUCACUGACCUCUGUGUUCAGGGGGAGAAGCAGCUGAUUGAGGUUCACAUCGAAGAAGUCCUAAGCGUGGAAGUGUCAACAUCUCGGGCUGUAGGCGUGGGCGCUUGUGUGCCCAUCUCCGCGCUAGUGAAGGGCGUCUCCCACCGGUACCUCGGCACCGGCCGAGCGGCCGAGUGGCGGGCGGCCGGGCCAGUGGCCGUGCGGGACAACACCAUGUGCGGCCUCACUGAGGGCACCGCGAGGGUGCGAGCGCUGUAUGGCGGAGUGUGGAGCCCUGAGCUGGAGGUGUUGGUGUUCCCGCCUCUGUCGGCACUCCCCCGCGUGGGGCGGGUGCCGCCGGGCGCGCGGCUGCAGCUGCGGCACGCGGGCGGGCCGCCGCCGCACCUCGCCGCGCUGCACUACCGCGCCGUCUCCGGGCUCAGCCAUGUUGAGGUGACAUCAUCGGGUUCGGUUCACGGAUUGUCGCUCGGUACAUCGCGUAUCAAACUCGUGGCCACCGACAUUUCUAACGUUGAGAUGGCCAGCGCUGAGUGUGAAGUCGAGGUGAUACCGAUAUCAGGCGUCCGCGUAAAGGCUGCAACACAGAGCCUGCUAGUCGGGUCCCCGGGUCCCAUAUGGGUGGAGGCUGGAGGUCUGUCGGCCGGGGCCCUGGCCGCAUUGCAGCCCGCGCCCCGGGUGUCGUGGUCGCUGAGGGACCCGACCGCUGCCAGGCUUUAUACUACACAUGCUGAUGAUAUGUUGGAGAGAUCGGUUGCCGAAGGUCUUUCAGUUCGGGUGGUACCCCUCAAGCCAGGAGUCAUAACUAUCGAUGUUAGAGUACGAAACAUGGGACAGGUAGCCGAAACCCGUUCCUGGGACAGCACUAUCGAGAUCCUAGGUCUAUCAGACAUCCGGACAUCAGUUGAGGGUUUAUCUAAAGAGCUGUCUUCAGGAGACAGGCUGGCCUUAGCAGUCAGCUCAGUGAUCAGGCUCAAGUCCUUACCCAGAGGAAACUGGAAGGCCUAUGGGGAUGGAGCUCUGACGGUCAACCAAGCUGGGGAAGUGACUGCGGUGAGGCCAGGCUUCGGAGUCAUAUUGGCACAGCAUAGAGAUGACAGGAAUAAUAUUUAUAGGGAGACGGCUAUCCACGUAGAAGUGGCAGUACCCACAUACUGCACAGCGGAACCUUCAGGCGAGCCCCACGAGACAGGCGUCCGGCUGGUGAUGAGGAACUCAGUGGGGCGGGCGCUGCUGGCCCCGCACGCUAACGUGUCCGCGCUCGCGCCGGUAGCUGCCUACUCGCGACCUGCACAGCUUACUGACAGUGUCUUAGGAACUGAGCUGUUAAUACCUAACUUGGACUCUGCGGGCGCUUUCAUGACCUUCCAAGGCUCCGUUAGUGGCGUCACGUUAAAGGACGAAGUGUGGGUUACCGGGACCGAUCUACGAGCAGACAGGGUUGUUGUAACAGCAGGCUGGGCAGUAUGUCUCCCCGGCGUAGGCUGGCGGGGUCCAGCCGGCAUCACUCUGUGGGCCGGCAGUGACGUCACACUUGCCGUGCUAGCUCGCGACACUCCCACCACGCACGUGCUGCGCCUGGACCGGCCCCUCAACGUGUACACCUUGCAUCAGGUGCAGCUCGACAAGAUGGAUUUCAUCCCCGGCGAGUGGCCAUCAGCACUAGUACCUCUAUCGUUCACAUCCCCGGGCCUGACAUCGGGCCCGUUGCUUUGUACUGAAGAACAACGUUAUGCGCUAGAGGGCGCCACUAUAGAGCUACCGUAUACCUGCCGGACCAAGAUACCGCAUACCGCCGUGCCGGUGUUGGAUGUUAUUAAUGGACAAAUGGGCUGCAAAAUAAUACCAGCUGUCCCAAUCACGGACGCUUCAGAAGUGGAACUUUGUGCAGAAUGGGGGGCAUACAGAGCCUGCACUAAAGUAUUAUUACUACCUCAAAUACGUCUUUCUACGCAUAAAGUGUCAUUGCUAAGUCCUCCCGCGACUUUCACUGUGAGCGGACACCCUCAAGCUCUGAAGUUGGUGAGGUUUAUCCCCUCGCCUGGACUGAAGUUGGAUACGAAUAAUGAUAGUGAUGAAAUAAUAGUGACAGUGACCAACGAAGCCUCAACCUGCGGCCACGGCUGGAUCUCGGUGAAGUCCAAGCUAACUGCGCAGGAGUUCCGCGUGGACGUACAGAGGGAGUGCGAUGUUGCUUGCGGCACGUUACUGGGCGCUCUGUUCUCGCUGCUCAAGCCGUAUUUGUCGACUGUCGUCACUGUAGUGGCAGCUAUUGCAGCUUAUAUAUACAUUACGCAAAGGCUACAACGAAAAUCUCGCAUCAGGAUGCCAGUAGACCCGAACGAGACCGUCCUACCUACAGAACCGUCUCCUCGUAUCAAUCGCUCAAGAACCUGGUCCAGAAGUCCUUUCGCGUCCAGUGGACCAACGGCCCCAGUCUACGGAGACGCCAGCAUGUUACCCGAACAGAGCUUCUCACCUAAUACAACGAGAAAUUCUUCUCUAUUCCUAUAGCGUUGGAGAAGAGACAGCGAUGGGAGACAGAGUCUCGUUCAACGCAUGCAACGGUAUUGCAAGUCUUUUUGAAUUUUUGAAUUACGUAUACGUUGUGAUGUUUGUUGAGUCUGAAGUUGGGUGUUCUUUUUUUCAAAAGUCUAAGGAGUCUAGGGCUGACCAUCCACGUAUUUUUUUUUUGUAGAACAGAUAAAUCGGGCUGGUUUUUUGUAAGACUAUCUGACUUUUAAUAUCACGUCAUGCGCUGCACUAUUAGGGUCAAUCCCCACUGAAGAGCAGCGGCCGGCAGCGGCCGUAAA